AUGCAAGAGAAUACUUAUCCAGAAAUCUUGAGAUCUAAUUUGGGAAGCGUUGUGCUGCAAUUAAAAAAGUUGGGAAUAGAUGAUUUGGUCCACUUUGAUUUUAUGGACCCACCAGCACCUGAAACUCUUAUGCGAGCUUUAGAGUUGUUGAACUAUUUGGCGGCCUUGGAUGAUGAUGGAAAUUUGACAGACUUGGGGGCUAUUAUGGCGGAAUUUCCUUUGGACCCUCAGCUUGCUAAGAUGUUAAUUGCUUCUUGCAAUCAUAAUUGUAGCAAUGAAAUUCUCAGUAUAACUGCUAUGUUGUCAGUCCCACAGUGUUUUGUAAGACCAAAUGAAGCUAAAAAGGCUGCUGAUGAUGCAAAGAUGAAAUUUGCUCAUAUUGAUGGGGACCAUUUAACAUUAUUAAAUGUUUAUCAUGCUUUUAAACAAAGUAUGGAAGAUCCACAGUGGUGUUACGAUCACUUUGUGAAUUACCGAUCUCUAAAAAGCGGAGACAAUGUUCGACAACAGUUGAGUAGAAUUAUGGACCGAUUCUCGUUGAAGAGAACAUCUACUGAUUUUACAUCUAAAGAUUAUUAUAUCAAUAUUAGAAAAGCACUUGUUGAUGGAUUCUUCAUGCAGGUUGCGCAUUUAGAAAGAACAGGACAUUAUUUAACUAUUAAAGACAAUCAAAUGGUCCAAUUACAUCCUAGUAGUUGUUUGGAUCAUAAACCAGAAUGGGUGAUUUAUAAUGAAUUUGUUUUAACAACUAAAAAUUAUAUAAGAACAGUUACAGAUAUUAAACCUGAAUGGUUAUUAAAAAUAGCACCGCAGUACUACGACCUCCAAAAUUUCCCUCAAUGUGAAGCAAAACGACAAUUAGAAGUAAUACAAGCAAGAUUAGAAUCCAAACAGUAUCAAGAGGGUUUCUAA